AAUAAUAAUAAUAAUAAUAAUAAUAAUAAUAAUAAUAAUAAUAAUAAUAAUAAUAAUAAUAAUAAUAAUAAUAAUAAUAAUAAUAAUAAUAAUAAUAAUAAUAAUAAUAAUAAUAAUAAUAAUAAUAAUAAUAAUAAUAAUAAUAAUAAUAAUAAUAAUAAUAAUAAUAAUAAUAAUAAUAAUAAUAAUAAUAAUAAUAAUAAUAAUAAUAAUAAUAAUAAUAAUAAUAAUAAUAAUAAUAAUAAUAAUAAUAAUAAUAAUAAUAAUAAUAAUAAUAAUAAUAAUAAUAAUAAUAAUAAUAAUAAUAAUAAUAAUAAUAAUAAUAAUAAUAAUAAUAAUAAUAAUAAUAAUAAUAAUAAUAAUAAUAAUAAUAAUAAUAAUAAUAAUAAUAAUAAUAAUAAUAAUAAUAAUAAUAAUAAUAAUAAUAAUAAUAAUAAUAAUAAUAAUAAUAAUAAUAAUAAUAAUAAUAAUAAUAAUAAUAAUAAUAAUAAUAAUAAUAAUAAUAAUAAUAAUAAUAAUAAUAAUAAUAAUAAUAAUAAUAAUAAUAAUAAUAAUAAUAAUAAUAAUAAUAAUAAUAAUAAUAAUAAUAAUAAUAAUAAUAAUAAUAAUAAUAAUAAUAAUAAUAAUAAUAAUAAUAAUAAUAAUAAUAAUAAUAAUAAUAAUAAUAAUAAUAAUAAUAAUAAUAAUAAUAAUAAUAAUAAUAAUAAUAAUAAUAAUAAUAAUAAUAAUAAUAAUAAUAAUAAUAAUAAUAAUAAUAAUAAUAAUAAUAAUAAUAAUAAUAAUAAUAAUAAUAAUAAUAAUAAUAAUAAUAAUAAUAAUAAUAAUAAUAAUAAUAAUAAUAAUAAUAAUAAUAAUAAUAAUAAUAAUAAUAAUAAUAAUAAUAAUAAUAAUAAUAAUAAUAAUAAUAAUAAUAAUAAUAAUAAUAAUAAUAAUAAUAAUAAUAAUAAUAAUAAUAAUAAUAAUAAUAAUAAUAAUAAUAAUAAUAAUAAUAAUAAUAAUAAUAAUAAUAAUAAUAAUAAUAAUAAUAAUAAUAAUAAUAAUAAUAAUAAUAAUAAUAAUAAUAUUAAUAAUAAUAAUAAUAAUAAUAAUAAUAAUAAUAAUAAUAAUAAUAAUAAUAAUAAUAAUAAUAAUAAUAAUAAUAAUAAUAAUAAUAAUAAUAAUAAUAAUAAUAAUAAUAAUAAUAAUAAUAAUAAUAAUAAUAAUAAUAAUAAUAAUAAUAAUAAUAAUAAUAAUAAUAAUAAUAAUAAUAAUAAUAAUAAUAAUAAUAAUAAUAAUAAUAAUAAUAAUAAUAAUAAUAAUAAUAAUAAUAAUAAUAAUAAUAAUAAUAAUAAUAAUAAUAAUAAUAAUAAUAAUAAUAAUAAUAAUAAUAAUAAUAAUAAUAAUAAUAAUAAUAAUAAUAAUAAUAAUAAUAAUAAUAAUAAUAAUAAUAAUAAUAAUAAUAAUAAUAAUAAUAAUAAUAAUAAUAAUAAUAAUAAUAAUAAUAAUAAUAAUAAUAAUAAUAAUAAUAAUAAUAAUAAUAAUAAUAAUAAUAAUAAUAAUAAUAAUAAUAAUAAUAAUAAUAAUAAUAAUAAUAAUAAUAAUAAUAAUAAUAAUAAUAAUAAUAAUAAUACUUUAGAAAGAGCUUUAGAAUUAGAAGCAAUAUUAAAAUUAAUUGACAGUGAGGAAAAAAAUAUCAGAUAA